ACAUAUCUCCCCGGAAUUCCUCCAUUGUUGCCUCCCUCGGGAUCACCCAGCGUUGUUUACCCUUCCUCUCCUUCACACAUCUCGCAACCAACUGAACCUGGUUGAGCAAAGAUGACGCUCCAGACGAUGGCCUUGUGCAACGUGCCUCUUGAUUUUGACGACAGCGGCGUCAACUUCGACUUCAAUGACCUGCCGGAGCGAUGCUCGUCAGCUAGCAUCAGCGGCUCAUCGUCCGCCUCGUCAAGCUUCGGUCCGCACACGCCAACCAGCGACCGUUCAACUCCGUUCUUCUCUGCUUCACUAGACUUUAGUUCCUCCUUUGCCUCGUCUGUCGACACGGUUCCGUUUGACCUGACGCCCCCUUCUUCUGCUGCAUCCAACUGCUUCCCCGUGACUCCCAGAGGCGGCAAUGUCACCGACUUUGGUUAUUCUGGCUUUCCCGUCACGCCUUCACGGGGACAGAUUGGUUUCUCUGGUCACCCGUUCAGCAAUUGCAGUAGCAGUACUCAGCUAGCCCCUUCACAAACCAUGGACUGCGGCUCCUACCCAAAUCAUCUCGGGGCGAGCCCUUUCAUGUCGACGCCUUCCUCCGUGGCACAGUUCGACCACUCAUGCGACAUGGCCUGGAUGCACACAGACAGCCCCAUUAGCUUCGAGAACGACUCUUCUUCUUCAAGACUUGUCGAUCCAUUCCGUUCAGCCAAGCCGGAAGCAGAAGGCGAUAUGAUGUCGCCGUCCAUGCGUUCAAGCGCAGCAAGGAAGCGAGCCGUGAUAGGGGAGGCGCGGCACAAGACGACAGCCCUCCACCAAGCACAGCAGCGCCCACAGCCCAACGUACGGAGGCAGAUCAAGAAGGAAAGGCGGAUCCGCUCCUUGGAGACGGAGGGUGGUAGCAUGGCCAUGAGCAGUGUCGAGCCGUCCAACAGACAUUAUUGCCCCGAAGAGGGAUGCAAUAAGGGGCCAUACCAAAGGAAAGAACAUCUGAAGAGACACAUUGACUCCAUACACAACGGGAAGAUGUUCAAGUGCAAGUUCUGCAACCACCGCUCCAACCGGUCGGAUAACUUGCAGCAACAUCUCAAACUGCAUACCCGGCCAGAGCGCAUGGGGGUGGAGGGGAAGCGCGGAGUCGAUUACCAUGCUGGCGCGGUGCGGGAGUACGAGGAAGUGCAAAAGCGGAAUCGGGCUCGACGACGGCCGAGCUCGAAAGACGCACGCAAACCCUCAGCUCCAUGAGCGCAAGGGGAAGUGGGUGAAAGAAAAGAAAAUCGUUUCGACAGUUUGGCGUCCGGCAAGACGCCCUUACACACAACAACCUCGGCUUUUCUCUGCUAGCGCAACAGGAGUCGACCAGAUAAUGCUAAUGUACGUUAUGUUGAUGGGAGGAUGGGUGCGCUUAUUUG